UUCUUUUCUCUGACCCAUAGGGCGGGAAACGCCUUACCCUCGUAUCGUUUCCCUUCUAUUCUCUCUCUUCAUUUUUAGAGAGAGAGAGAUGGCUGCAGAGAACUGCCUGUGCAAGCUCUUGGACAGAGGGAGCGUGGAAAGCCAUAGAUUGUUUCGCGCGAGAAAAACAGUGUUCGAGAUGCUCAGAGACAGAGGUUAUAGUGUCUCAGAUAAUGAUCUCUCAAUGACUUUGCCCCAUUUUAGAGAGCUUUAUGGCGAGGAGCCUGAUACCAGCCAGCUUACUAUCACCACCGCCAUGGAUAGAGACCCUUCUCAGAGGAUAAUGGUGCUAUUUUGUGCAGUUGAUGCAGCGAAACUUGCACAUAUGCGUGAAUAUAUAAAACAGAUCCUCAACGAAAAAGUACAUGAUGCGAUAAUUGUUUACCGAAAUUCUAUGACGCCUCAAGCUCGAAUUGCCAUUAAAGAAAUGCCAUCUCCAUAUUCUGUUGAGUUAUUUCAAAUGUCAGAUUUGUUGGUUAACAUAACUGAACAUGUUUUGAAGCCAAAACAUGACAUAUUGACACCAGAAGAGAAAGAUGAGCUUUUGAAGAAAUACAGCGUGACAGACAAUCAGCUUCCCCGUAUGCUUCAGACAGAUGCCAUUUCUCGCUACUAUGGCCUUAAGCCGGGUCAAAUUGUGAAAAUAACUUACAGUGAUGAGCCCAUUGAGUCCUUCAUGACAUACCGUUGUGUGAACUGACAGUUUUGGGGUGCUCAUGUAAAUAGACUGGCACAACUGAAUGUUCAUUAAACACAUGUUUUUGAUUUAAGGUGAUUGGUCUUUUAUAAAUCGAGACGACUUUAUUUUCUAUAUUCAUCCCCCUCUUCCCUCC